CCAAAUAUGAGAAAAUCUAAGCGAAAACUUAACGAAAGAUACCUCAACUUGAUCUUUGGAAUUCGAUUAACGUCCGAAUAAAGCAUGCUCCUUUAAUUUUUCAGGAUUGGAAAGCUUUGAUUUUUGUGCGGUCACAUGACCUCUGAGUACUCUCUUCUCCCUCUCUUUCGAAUAUAGAGAAGAACCGACUGGUUUGGCUUAACUCAUUUUCCCAGAGGUUUUGUUCGUUGCCUGGCAUCUCCUCCUCCUCUUCCUCUCCUUGAUGAGAGCCGCUUGAUAUUGUUCGACGAAAUGCUCCAACAAUGGUCUCUCUCAACUCAGGCCCGAUUUCAUGUUUUGCUUCUCGGAAUUCGCUGAUUGAUUCCGAUACCCUUUUGCCUCUUUCUGCUUUAUCUUCCUUUAAUCCCAAUUAUUCGGCGAAGCUGAGCCUUUUAGCUGCCAGAAAAGAUUGUGGGCCUGUUCUAAGGUCUCUUCGGUUCAAGACGAGGAAGAAAGGUUGUUGUGCUCGGUUUAGUGGGGUUUUGAGGAUGUGCAAUAACCACGAUUUGAGCUGGGAUAGCGAAGGGAGUAAGGAUCUGGAAACUGAGAUUCUGGAGUUCAUGGUGAAUUCGGAGAAACCUGGGAUGUUUCCGAGCAAGAAAGAUUUGAUCCGCUCUGGAAGAUUUGAUCUUGUGGAGAGAAUCGUUGACCAAGGUGGUUGGCUUUCCAUGGGAUGGGAUUUGGAUGAACAAGAAGAGGAAGAAGAAAAAGGGAAACUCGAGGAGGUCCGAGUAAACGACAAUGUCAUGCUACGGGACUUACAUAUCGAUAAACAGCUUCAUAAUCGUCAUGGAGCUUCUGUUCUUUACUCAAAUCCUUCAUCUUCAACAGAAGAAGUAGAUGUUGUGAAUGAGAGUGGAAUUGAAGGCAUUUUGACUAGAUUGGAGAAAGAAAGGAAUCUGAGUCUAGGGAUUAGCUUGAGUGGGAAAAAGGAAAGCAACGGUGCCAUGAAUGAUAUCUUCCCAAAUGGUUCAGUUCCUCGGUCUUCAAUGAUUAUGACAGACAGUGAAUUUCAACAACUCGGGGGUAGUAGAAGUUCAGGUGAAUAUGCACAAAGUAGAUAUCAAGAUGCUAGUUCAGUUUCAAGAACGCGUGGCUUGAGCGAUGAUUCCUCUACAUCAGAAACAUGGAGAACAUGGAGUAUGAGGAGAGCUGGAUUUACUGAUGAAGAUUUUGAAGCUGCUGAAAUUUCUUCCAGUGGUUUAGAUGGUGUGAAGAAGGAUAAUACGAGUAAGGAUUCUUCUGGUGAUAGUAUAAAUGGAGAAGAUAAAACUGCAUCUUCCCAAGAAGAUGUAACAACAACUCAUAUCAAAAGCCGUCUUCAAAAUCUCCAGUCAGAACUUUCUUCUGUUCUUCACUCCCUUAGAUCUCAUCCUGAUGAAGUUGUGACAAGUAAGGAUAGUGAGAUAAAUUCUGAGAACUUGGAGACCCUCAGUGACGAUUGGGAGUUCAAGGAGAAUGAGAUCAUACAUGCCCAAAAUAAGUUACGGUCUACACGGGCAAAGCUGGCAGUUCUUGAAGGAAAGAUGGCAAUGGCUAUAAUAGACGCACAGAAGAUUGUACGAGAGAAACAGAGAAAAAUAGAUCAUGCUAGCAGAGCCUUACGGUUACUCCGGACUGCAUCCAUAGUAUGGCCUAAUUCAGCCUCAGAAGUUCUACUAACGGGUUCAUUUGAUGGUUGGUCUACACAGAGGAAAAUGAAGAAAGCACAGAACGGAGUCUUCUCUUUAUCGCUAAAGCUAUAUCCUGGAAAAUAUGAGAUAAAGUUUAUAGUUGAUGGCCAGUGGAAAGUUGACCCGCUUCGACCAAUUGUUACUUCCGAUGGAUAUGAAAACAAUCUGCUAAUUGUCUCUUGAGGUCAAAGGCAAGUAGGCAACAACAUUUCAGAACUAAUCCCGCCAUCGAUGGAACAUGAGCUGAAUCAGUAGGGUUUUGGUUUCUUUUUUUUUUGGAAUUUCGCUUUCAUGUAGGGUAAGCUAGCCAAGGAAGCAGUAUAUGAUCUGUAUAUUUAAAAUUUUCCAUCAUGGUACUGAUACAACCACUGUAUUGUUCUGACAAGACUCGUGUAAACAAUUUAAACACAAAAGAUUGUUAUACAUCCA